AAAAGGAGGAAAGGAGGAAGAGAGAGGAGACUAGAGACAGCUCUCCAUCGUCUUUCUCCUCUGUGAGAAUCGCCUCUCUUGUUUUUUUUGGAAACCCAUUUUGCAUUACUCAAACCCUAAUCUCCGAAGCUUCAAUCGGAUUCUUCUCACCGUUUAAUUUAGAUAUUAUUAACUGUCGAUGAUCUGAGCUUAUCGACUCCCUAACAAACCCUAAUUUUUUUGGUCCGUUUUCUUAAUCAUCAUGGCCUCCUCCGCCACUUCCAAUAACCCUAACUCUUCUUCUCGUCACACUACCGAGAAUCGUGGCAGCCCCACCGCCGCGCAAUCGCGCCGUCCUUCUCGCCAUGUUUCCUCCUCUCCCUGGACUCAAAUCGUCCGCGGCGAAUCAGACCCGCCCACGAUCGUCUCCGCAGCUCCUUCCUCCCCUCAAUCCAAGCCCCGGAUCGAUCCGAUCACUGCUUCUCCUCCUCCUCCUGCUGCUGCUGCUGCUUCUUCUUCUUCUCUUUCGGCGGCUGCUGGGGACGAGAAAUCGGAGGGAAAUGGCGGGAAGAAACCGGUUUGGAAAAGACCAUCAAACGGGGCUGAUGCUUCUUCUUCUUCUUCUGAGGUCGGAGGACCUGUCAUGGGAGCUUCGUCCUGGCCUGCUCUCUCUGAGACUACCAACAACAAGUCUUCCUCUGACUCCCUCAAAAGCCUCACUGGCGUCGUCGAUGCAGCGCCAUCCCCACCUCUCCCCGUUUCUCAGGGAAUUGCUAAUGCUUCUGUUCCUUCUGCGCCAAAGCAACCCGGCCGUGCAAACCCUAAUCCAACACUAAACCACUCCCGCCAGAGAUCAUUUAAACGCAAUGGCGCUUCUGGUUCCGCUGCUAAUGGUGCUGCUCCUCAACCAUCAGCACAAGGUUCACUUGCUGAGUCGCACAACCCUUCUCCCAGAGGCCAGAACCAGAGGAACGGCUUUCCAUCGCAAACCCAUGGCGGCGGUGCUGGUGGUGGUGGGACUGACAACGUGUCUCAACGAGACUCUUACAGGAACCAAAACGGUAACCAUCACCAAAGUCACGGCGGCAGGCGCAAUCAGGAGCACGGGAAUCAAAAUUGGACUUUCAGCAGGAGCUUUAAUGGGAGAGAUGGGAAUGCACAGUCUCAAAGAGGUGCUCCAGCUUUUGUAAGACAUCCACCUCCACCUGUGCAGACAAUUCCUCCUCAGUUUAUGGCAGCUCAGCCUUUUGCCAGCCCUCUGCCUUUCCCUCCUGAAUUGGCAUCGCAAUAUUAUCAGCGUAUGCCUUUCGUUGCUCCUCUCUCACCUGCACCAGUCUUCUACCAUGUCCAGGAUCCUCCUUUGAACAUAAAACUUCAGAAGCAAAUACAUUAUUAUUUUAGUGAAGAGAAUUUGAUUAAAGACAUGUAUCUUCGUCGGCAGAUGGAUGAUCAGGGUUUUGUUCCACUGCCUGUGAUUGCUGUUUUCAAUAAGGUUGCAGAACUUACAGAUAGUGUUCAGCAGAUAGCGGAUGCUCUACAAGGUUCACCUGUUGUUGAAGUUCAGGGUGACAGAAUAAGGAAACGCUUUAAUUGGCAGCAUUGGUUGAUUCCUCAAGAACCGAACCCUGCGGUCUCGAACCCCCAAUCUGUUGGUGCAGUAGCGAGCCGAGUUGGGAACUUGGCUCUUGGUGAGAGCUCGGCAGGUCCAAAUGGUGGGUCAAGCAGUCAGCUGCAACCUGCGGGAGCAGAAAACGAAGCUGUUUCAGAUGGUCAGCAACAGUCUCCUGGUGGUGUUCCAGUGAGCAACCGCAAUGACUCGGAUGGUGCUAACCGUUGAAACCAUCAUGUUUGGAGCUGGUGGUUAGUGCUGGACAUGAAAUAUUUAUUAUUUCGUCUCUGCCUAAAAUCAGGGGAAAAAAAACAAUAAUGACGGGGGAAUCCAAAAAAAAAAAAGAAAAGAGAUAAAGGUAAGGCAUAAAACCAAAAAUAAAAAAAGAGACCCAUAUGAAAACAAAAAAGGAUCAAAACAUUUGUGAUUCUUCUAGCUUUUUCAUUUUAUGGAUUUUUUAUUUUUUUAUUUUGGUUAUUUUGGAUGCUAAUAACCUUUUUUAUGUUUAUGCUACUUUGUGACAUGAGAUUGUCAUUGACGGUUGCUUUGUAAACCAUUAUUGUCUGGUUUUGCUUGCUAGUAGUACACUCUUGAACUUGUUCCCCUAA